AUGGUGUCUGAGAAGGGCAGUGAUAGUGACCGGCAGGUCAAGUCCUUUGAUCAGCAGGGAAAGCAAUUUGAGGGCGCUCCCGUUGGUGAUGCCGCCGACCUCAGUGCCCUGGGCUACAAGCCCGAACUGCGACGCAACCGCUCCAUGUUCACACUGCUAUUCCAAUCUCUAGCUAUUGCUGCUAUCCCCUAUGGCUUCGGUGCACCAAUGAUCAACUCGAUCUACGGCGGCGGCCAGCUUGCCAUGUUCCUAGGCUGGGUCGUCGUCUGUAUUCUUGACGAAUGCAUUGCAAUUUCUCUAGGAGAACUGGCUGCCAGAUGGCCGACAUCCGCUGGUCCUUACUACUGGAGUUUCCAGAUUGCCUCUCCGAAGUACCGAACCGUCCUCUCCUUUAUAACCGGCUGGACAUGGCUCGUCGGUAACUGGACCAUCACCCUGUCCGUCAACUUUGGCUUUGCCUCUCUUCUUGCUGCCGCCGUCGGUAUUUAUUAUCCCGACUACGACUGGCAGCCCUGGAAGCUUCUCCUUAUCUUCUACGGCCUCUGCGUUGUCACCUUUUUUAUCGUCGCAUUCGGAAACAAGUUUCUACCAACUGUGGACACGUUCUGUGCUGCCUUUACAGCCAUCACCAUCUUCAUUGCUUGCGUAUUCCUUUCUACAAAGGCAUCUGAUGGCCGACAUUCCCCCAGUUACACUCUGGGCCACUAUGACAACACUUUGAGUGGAUGGGGAGACUUUUCCUUCUGGAUCGGAGCUCUCCCCCCUGCUUAUACAUUUUCUGCCCUGGGCAUGAUCACAGCCAUGGCUGAGGAAUGCGGCGAUGCGACUGUCAAGCUCCCUCGAGCCAUCUCGCUCUGCGUCCCCGUCGGUUUCGUCGCUGGUUUGUUCUUUAUCAUCCCCAUGUGCGCCACUCUCCCACCCCUGGCAGAACUCCUCGAAGCGCCCCUCGGCCAAGUCCUCCCAUAUAUCUUCUACCGAGUCACGGGUACCAAAGCCGGCGGCAUCGCUCUCACGGCCUUGGUCCUGAUCAUCACACUCUUCUGCUCCAUCUCCAUCACGGUCGCCGCCUCUCGAACAACAUGGGCUUUUGCGCGAGACGACGCCAUUCCUCUUUCCAAGGUGUGGUCCAAGGUCGACAAGCGUCAUGGUACGCCCAUCUACGCUCUGAUCCUCACCACCGUCAUCGAAAUGCUUUUGGGUCUGAUCUACCUCGGCUCCAGCUCAGCCUUUAACGCCUUUGUUUCCGUUGGCGUCAUUGGUCUAGCCAUCUCAUAUUGCAUUCCUAUUCUUCUUUCAAUGCUCACUGGACGAGCUGGAGUCAACACGGCACCCUGGACCUUCGGAAAGACAAUUGGCUGGGUCGUCAACAUUGUCGCGGUUUCGUGGAUCGCCUUUGAGAUGGUCCUCUUCUCGAUGCCCCCAGCCAUCCCCGUCACACCCGUCACCAUGAACUAUGCCGUUGUCGUCUUCUUCGGUUUCAUGACGAUAUCGGCUGUGUGGUACUUUGUCCACGCAAAGCAUGUGUACAAGGGACCACCUGAGUCUGACGGCUUGAGCAUUGAGAUUGAGGGAAGGUAG